CGAGAUCGACAGUUGGAUUUGAAAUCAGGCGGCAGCGGAAGUGGAGAAACAGCGAGCGACAAAAACAAUAAGUAAACUGAACCAUUCUAAAGAUGACGGCGGACAGUGAAUUGGAGAUCAAAGAGGCGUUUCAACGCGCCCAGAAGGGACAUAACAACAAAGCUAAACUAGUGGCUAGCUUAAAGAACCGUUACGACAAGUUGGAGGAUAAGACCUUGUUCCACGACGAGUUUGUCAGCUACCUGAAGUACGCCAUGAUUGUGUACAAGCGCGAGCCGGCCGUGGAGAACGUCAUUGAGUUUGUCUCCAAGUUUGCCACGAGCUUCGUGUCUCCCCCCAAGGAAAGCGAGGAGGAGGGGGAGGAGGAGGAAGAAGAGGAGCAUCCGUUCUUGAACUACAUCUUCAACUUCUUGUUGGAGGCCCACAAAGCCAACAGCCACGCUGUGCGCUUCCGUGUGUGUCAGCUAAUCAACAAGCUCCUGGGCAGCAUGGCCGAAAACGCCCAGAUUGAUGACGACCUGUUUGACAGGAUCCACCAGGCCAUGCUCGUCCGCGUCACAGACAAGUUCCCCAACGUCAGGAUCCAGGCUGCGCUGGCCAUGGCCCGACUCCAGGAGCCCCAGAACCACGACUGUCCCACUGUCAAAGCAUAUCUGUUGAUCCUGGAGAAUGACGCCAACCCGGAGGUGCGUCGAGCUGUCCUCUCCUGCAUCGCCCCGUCCUCCCUCACCCUGCCCAAGAUCCUCAAGCGCACAAGAGAUAUCAAGGAGAGCGUCCGCAAACUUGCAUACCAGGUCUUGGCAGACAAGGUUCACAUCAGGGCACUGAGCAUCGCCCAGAGAGUCAGCCUCUUGCAGCAGGGCCUGCAUGACUCUUCAGAGGCAGUGAGGGAGGUGAUGCGCUGCCGUCUGCUCCCGGCGUGGCUGCGUCUGCUGCAGGGCGAUGUGCUGGAACUGCUCCACAGGCUGGACGUGGAGAACUGUGCCCAGACCGCCCUGGAGAUGCUCAGCGCCCUCUUCACGGUCACCCCCGCGGACGAGCUGCUGCAAGACCGGGUUCAGCUGGACAACAGGAGGCUCAUCCCAGUGGAGGCCCUGAGCUGUGAGAGCAUCCUCUACUGGAGGGCCCUGUGUGAGUUUGUGAAGGCCAAGGGGGACGAGGGGGAGGAGAUGCUGGAGCAGAUCCUCCCAGAGGCGGCCAUCUACGCCGACUACCUCCAUGGGUACUUGAAGGGCGUGCCGGUGCUGUCCGAGGAGCAGCGGGCGGACUUUGGUCAGCUGGAGAUGGUCAUGACCAAGGAGUUCAUCUCCCAGCAGCUCAUCCACCUGACGGGCUGCCUGGACACCAACGAGGAGGGGGGGAGGAAGCGUGUGGUGGCCGUGCUGCAGGAGAUGCUGGGGCUGCCCCAGACUCCCCCCUCCCUGGUCUCCCUGCUCACAGAGAAACUCCUCGGCUUGAUCUCGGACGACCACAGGCGCAUCCAGAUGAUGGCGGAGGUCAUCUCGGAUGUCAGAGAGCCUAUCGUGGCGGUGAGUGCGCCGGUGGACGAGAACGAGAACCGCAGGAAGCAGGUCAAGCUGGCGGAGGUGAAAGUACGGAUCCUGGAAGCCAAGCAGGCCCUGGAGGAGUGCAUCACUGACCAGGAGUUCAGCCGCGCCGCUCAGUUGAAGGACUCCAUCAUCCAGCUGGAGAACCACAGGAACCAGAUGAUGCAGGAGGCCACUCAGAGCAGCCAGCCAGACAAGGAGACACGCACAGAGAAGAGUGACCCAGAGACUCUGCUGAGGUGUCUUACCAUGUGUGCGGAGCUCCUCAAGCUGUUGAGCAUCAAGACGCGCAUGGGACCCACUAUGAGUGCCAUCAUCUCCUCACUGAUCCUGCCAAGCAUAGCCAAUGCCCAGCCAGCUGUUCGCAACAUGGCUGUUGUGUGUCUGGGCACCUGCGCUCUCCACAGCAAAGAGCUGGCCAGCACACACAUGGUGCUGUUGCUUCAGAUCGCCCAGCUGGACGAGACCAAAAUCCGCAUCAGCGCCCUACGGGCUGUCAUCGAUCUGCUGCUGCUGUACGGCUUCCAGCUGCUCUCAGCAAGCACCUCCCCCCAGCCAGCCCUGCCCUCUUAUUCGCCAGAUAGCCAGGAGGAGGAUCCAGGCCCGGUGGAGAAGGGGGAAGAGGACAACAGCACAGCCCAGUGCAUCCUGAAAAUGCUCUCUGACUUCCUAGACAGUGAGGUGUCAGAGCUGCGGACUGAGACGUCGGAGGGUCUGGCUAAGCUGAUGUACUCUGGGCGCAUCUCCAGCGCCAGACUCCUCUCCCGCCUGGUGCUGCUGUGGUACAACCCUCUCACCGAGGACGACACCCGACUACGCCACUGCCUGGGCGUGUUCUUCCAGCUGUACGCCAGAGAGAGCAGGACCCACCAGGAGUGUGUGGAGGAGUGUUUUCUGCCGACAGUGCGAACUCUGCUGAACGCCCCCGCUACGUCUCCCCUGGCCGAGGUGGACGUCACCAAUGUGGCCGAGCUCCUGGUGGAGCUGACACGCCCCAGCAGCCUCAUCAGACCCUCCAACACAGAGGAGGUGCAUGUCCAUGACUACCUGGCGCUGCGUGUGUGUGGGGAGAUGCUGAGGGACCCCACGGCCCCCGAGGUGCGUCUCUACGCCAAGGUUCUGAGCAGCCUGGAACUCAGCCCCAAUGACACCACCCGGAGGGACCUGCUGUCCCUGCUGCAGCAGAUCACACAGGUGGUAAAGGAUCGUAUUUGCCUCCGUGCUGUCGAGAAGCUGAUUGGCCAGCUGGUAGACUCCAAGGAGCAGACUGAGCUUCUCAAUGCCACAGCACUACAACCUUUAGAUGUCAAUGCUGACGAGGUUGCCAGUGAGGAUCUGUCCAAAUCAGUCAAGAGACCCAAAAGAGGCCAGAGAAAAGCCACCACUGCCAAGGGAUCAAAGAAGCCUAGUAGAACAGCAGAGUCCUCGGAGGAGAGUGAUGGGGAGAACGUUCCGGAUUCCGUCCCGGCUGUUCGGCAGUCUCGUAGGGCCAAAACUGCUGCCCUGGAGAAGACCCGGCUAGACCUCAGCGCUCUCAUCAACCAGGAGGCCAACACGUCAUAGGUCAGACGUACUUCACGCUAGUCAACCAUCCAUGAUCUCAGUACCACCUCAACUACAUGUAUUAACAACAUGGUGGAAAUGUAAGAAGUCGUUGGGCUAGGUUGGGGAGGGGUCUGUCUAGUAGUAAGAAAGUAUGUUUUCAUUUGUCUCAUCUGAAAUGGCUGUUUGCCAUCAAUUUUUUUUUCUUAACUGCAAUCCAAAUGUUCUGUCUCUCUAUUCUUAAAGUUAAACUUUUCUAUCAAUAAACAAACUCUGAACAAAUUGUGGU